UACAUGGUGACACAAAUGUAAUCAUAGGCUUCAAAUCAAGCGUUGUAGUUUUGGGGCGAUUUUACAAACACUACUAAUCCCAAGAUUCUCAGUGGAGGGCCGUGAUUUCCGGGUUCUGUGUUGCUAGGGGGAAGGUGGCGCAGAGGACCUGUUGGAAAUGACGGUAGAAGAAGUCGGAUUUCAAUAUAAAGUCCGAAACAGUAAACCUGGAAGAUAGCAAAGAAACUUCACCAGACCUGCGUGCUAAGGGGUGUGACUCACCAUGGAGUCCCUGAUGAGUGCGGUGGCCCCACGGACCCCGGCCCUGUUGAAGAAGGCCUCUGAGGUGGACUUCCGGUCGGGGGCCACACUGGAGCAGCUGUCGGCCCAGGUGUCUGAGCUGGUCACCCUGGAGCAGGGGGACUUCGGGGACCAGCUUGCCCUCGAGGUCCACACGGCCAAAGACUUCAUCUUCAACAUGCUGGGCCUUGUACAGAAGGUGGACCAGCGUCUCCCGGUGGCCAAUGAGUACCUGCUCCUGUCUGGGGGUGCCAGGGAGGGGGUUCUGGACCUCAACCCAGAGGAGCUGGGGGACUACGCCAAGGGGGCCGAUUUCGACCUGGACUUCACCCUCCUGGUGCCCGCCCUCAAGCUCCAUGAUCGCAACCAGCCGGUCACCCUGGACAUGCGCCAGUCGCCCCCCUGCCACUCCUGGCUCUCCCUGCGGCUCUGCGACCCCAACACCCAGGCAAGAUGGAGGAUCUGCUGCCAGGAGGAGACAGACUCACCCCCCGACGAUGAUGAUGAGGAAGAGAAAAGGGAAAUGGGUCACAAAGCCUCUGGUGCCGUCCCCCCCUCCCUCUACUCGCCCCACCAGUCUCUGGAUGGCUGCUACAUGUCCCCGGCGCUGGUGGCUGACUGGUUCUGGGGAGUGGUGGGUGAGGCGGUGGACGAGCUGAGGCGUUCCCCCAAGAGAGGCAUCCCCGUCCCAGAGAGGCUGGAACGCAACGGGCCCCUGACCACCCUCAUCCUCCAGGCGGGCUCCAGCCGGGUGCUCUAUGACCUGCUGCCAGUGGUGUCCUUCCGGGGCUGGCCCGCCGUGGCCCAGGGCUGGCUGACGGCCAAUCACUUCUGGGACGGGAAGAUCACAGAGGAGGAGGCUAUCUCUGGGUUCUACCUGCUGCCCUGCCCGGCUCCGCUGGGGGGGAGGCCCGACCGGGAGUGGAGGCUGGCCUUCUCACGCAGCGAGGUGCAGCUGAAGAAGUGCAUUCCGUACCCCAUGGCCCAGGCCUUCCAGGCUGCCAAGGCUGUCCUCUCCCGCCUCCUGGCUCGCCCCCGCACUGGCCUCAGCCCCUACCACCUUCGCACCCUCCUCUUCUGGGCCUGUGACCGCCUACCGCCCGCCUACCUCUCCUCGCCUGACCCAGAAACCCCCGCCCGCCUCCUCCUGGGCCUCCUGGAUGAUCUGGCCCAUUGCAUCCUGGGUAAGAACUGCCCCAACUACUUUCUGCCCCAGUGCAACAUGCUGGAGCACCUGUCGGACAGCCAAGCCCUGCUGGUGGCCCGGAAGCUGGCCCAUGUCCGGUCUGACCCGACCGAGCACCUACGGGCGGCCCUGGACCAGGCCAGACAGGCGAGCCAGCUGAAGAGGGAAGCAGCGAGCGCUACCAACGGGCACGGAGGGUCGCCCAGGCAAGGUUACCCGGCCAGCGGCAUCAUCUCGCCCUCGGACGACAAACUGGCUGCCAGGCUGCAGCAGCUGGUGACCGAGAACCCCGGGAAGUCGAUUUCUGUUUUUCUCAACCCCGAUGAUGUCACAAGGCCGCACUUCCGCAUCGAUGACAAGUUCUACUGACCUGAGAGUAAUGGUGUGCUAUCGGCACACACUCUCUUCAAAACACAUGUAAAACGGCGAGUCAACUAGGAUGGCUCGAGAGUCAAAACACUACAGAGCCUCACUGCUCUCCUAUCCCACCCCCUCCUGGAGGCUAACGACAAUGAUGCUAACGACGCUGCUGAACUAUGACACUACCAAAAACACCUUUGCACACUCCCAGGAGCAGGAGGCUGACCCUAGAGAGCCCUAGGCUAGAGAAACCAACACUCUUCUAUCCAUUUAGCAGUGAGUGAUGUCAUAAAGAGACCUCACCAAAGGAAAAAUGCUCGUUGAGUUACCACGGAGACUGCUGCUCUUUUAUGAGCUUGCCGUAACGGUGUUUUUUUUUUUUUUUUUUAGAAUAAAGAACCCCUUUAGAAUGAAGUCUGCUGCUGCUCCCAUUCAAUGGCAUGGCUUACCCAAAGGAUUUCUCCUCUCUCCACACUAAUGAGAAACUAUUCCCCCUGCCCAAUCAAAGUGGGUGAUAGUAUCAGGAUUCUCCCUUUUUUUUUUUUUUUUCAACUAUGAAUGUAAUUUGGUGUGGGGCAAUGUCUUUGAACAAAUAGUAUUUUCUUUCGAUACGUUUUAUCCCUUUUUCUGUUUGCUCUCUGCCCCUCUCUCGUUCUCAUACUUCUUUUCUCUCUCUUUCCCCCUCUCUCUCAGGUAUUUUUAACGUUGUUCAUUGUUUUUCUAUGUGACUCCAGACUCUCUCUGGGAGGGUUAUGGUUCCCCUCCAUCGAUCUUGAAUGGUAUAACCCAGGGUUGUCCUUCUGUUUCAACACUUACUAUGUGACUCCAGACUCUCUCUGGGAGGGUUAUGGUUCCCCUCCAUCGAUCUUGAAUGGUAUAACCCAGGGUUGUCCUUCUGUUUCAACACUUACUAUGUGACUCCAGACUCUCUCUGGGAGGGUUAUGGUUCCCCUCCAUCGAUCUCUCUUCCCGGGGUAAUUUCAUGUUUAUCUGAGCUAUUGCAGUUCAAGCAGGCCAAAAUAAAGGCUCUCUCACUACACUGGAAGUUAAUUUGAAUACGACUUUUCCAUCGCGAAAACGUCUAUCAUGCAUGUCACAUUUCAAUACUGGCUUGAUGUCAUGUCGCGGGAGGUUAUUUUCUCUCAAAUUAGCCAAUGAUCAUAUUUUUGCAAUAUUCCUACCUCGGAAUUUCUUAUAAGAGGGUCCACCACAUUUCUCCUAUUUGUCUGCUUCUUCAGUCCAGAGUGCAUUGUAUGGUGCCAUUGCACAUGUCAGACUCCUCUCUGUGAGGUACAUUGAUCUGCAGGUUGAACAUGGUGAGAUUGUAUACUCCUAAAUUCAUAGUGCAGUUUAGGUGAUUUUUACAGCCAACUCGCUACUUCACAUGCUGAUAUUGUCUUUGGUGGUGUUGUGUCUAGCUACCGACCAAGCUAGCCAGCCAGCCAGGCCAUAGAGGGAGCAUUGCAUUGUGGGUUUGGUUGUCGAUCUGAGCUGCAACAGAUUUCCACAUGUUGCUACCAACCUUAUUAUAACGACAAAAUGAAACAUUUGUUCACCAGAAAUAUUGAUCUCACAGUGUCAUUUAACACUGUAAAUUAUGCCAAUUAGUGGUUUUGGGUGGAUUUAGUCUUUAACCUUCAUAUUCCCCACCUUUACCUUCCAGACCAACAUGCCCCUCAGCGGUCACCUCAUCAAUUUGCCUCGAUUCAGAGGGGUUGGGUUAAAUGCGCAAGACCCACUUUCAGUUGAAGACGUUCAGUUGUACAACUGACUAGUUAUCCUCCUUUCCCUUUGUCCCAUGAAAGCUUGAAGCAGCAGUUUAUCAUCAAAUAAGGGUAAUAUCACAGGGGCUAUAAACUUUAAUUCAGUUAUUUUCUUACAGUCCCUUUUUGAAAAUGUGUACCAUGGUACAGUUUACAUUGGGGCUUUAAUGGUGGGAUGUGGUCAUUAAAUGUUGUAUGAUAUUAACAAACUACCUAUAAUGGAGGCAGGUUGGUCCGGAAAGGAGGAGAGGUAGUGUUGGCUACUGAAACGGUUGGCACACUGCUCGAUUGUAUUCUCAUCUUCAUGUUACGAAAUGAAAGCACUGCCAUGGCUUGGCUAGGCUACAUCAUGUCAUCUGUAUGAGGCUUGUGUAAGGGCUAUUUUCUUUGUUCCACGUGUGUGUGUGUGUGUGUGUGUGUGUGUGUAUGAAGAUGGGGAGGUUUUCAUGGUUUGUGGUUGAAACUCAGAGGAAAAGCUUUUUGUCUUGUCUCAGAUUUUAAUUGGAGGAAACUUGACUGGUUUUGUAAUGGUCCCUCUCUCGCUCUUCUGCUUGGUUUGCCUGUUUUAAUAAGCUGUGUGUGAUCGGACCACUGAUCAAGCUCUUUAAAUGUGCUGAUGGAGAGAGAG